AGGACAACCAAUACUUUUGUAGAGUCGGUGCAUGGUAAUCCAGGGGUGAUGACAUUUUAUGAGGUCUUUAUGGAAGAACUUUUUAUGAAAAGCCAGAAGAAGAUACCAGUGUGGGGUAUAUCACAUGCUGGGCACCAUCACAAAUCAACACCCAUUGGUCAAUCAGCAAUAACAAAAGGUAUUCAAAGCAACUUUGAUGUUUAUAGUCUCAGAGGACAGAUUGAGCACAAGAAAGCUUUUGUAAAAGAAAACAUUCCACCCAAUAAGCGGCUAAUUCUUAUAGGGCAUUCAAUAGGUUGCUACAUUAUUUUGAAGAUGAUCGAUGAGUUACCAGAAAUGAAUGUUAUUAAAUCUUAUCUAUUGUUUCCAACAAUUGAAAGAAUGUUAGCAUCCCCUAAUGGUAUGUUACUGGGACCGAUAUUGAUGUAUCUGAGAUGGUUAGCAAUUAUACCAAUCUACUUUGCAUCAUUCUUACCUGAGAGCAUCCAAAAAAGACUGAUUCAAUGGCAUUUUCGCAACAGAAAUAUACCUGGAUGUACUGUUCAAGGUGUUUUGAAUCUCUUUGACCCAAUGGUCGCUGCAAAUGCUUUCUAUAUGGCAGCUCAUGAAAUGCGUCAAGUAAAAGAGUGCGAUUAUCAACUUUUAGAACGACAUGCCUCAAAACUCUGCCUAUAUUACGGAUCUUCAGAUGGCUGGUGUCCAGUUAAUUACUACGAAGAUAUUAAGAAAUCUUUCCCUGAUGAAGAUAUACGACUGUGUAAGGAGGGUAUGGAGCACGCGUUCUGUUUGACUUCUAGUAUGGAAAUGGCGCAAGUCAUGUGGCCCUGGCUGAUGGACGAUAUUAACAAAUCAUAGGAAGAAAAUUUUUUUUAUACUGUCAUUGAUUUUAUUUUUGAAGGGUUUUUGAGAGGCCGUUUAUUUUUUUUGUUUAAAAUGGAUACGUAUACAAAUAAAUGCCACUUAAUUUCACUGUAAAUGUGGAAAUGCACAUAAUUACAGACAACAUGUGUGAUCAUAAAAACUUGAUCUUAACAAGGUUAGAAGAAAAGUCUACUAUUACUGCAAUAGAACUUUAAUAUAAUUUGUUGAGAAUUAUGCUGCUUUUAUUAGAUUUGUUUAGUCAUUUGCGGGUGGAAAGGGGCGUUUAUUCUAAAUGAAGCUUUAGAAGGGGAGUUUAUUCGAUGGGAAAUUUAUUCGAAGCAGGGAGUCUAUUUGAAUAAAUACAGUAUAUCUAAAAACCAUUAUAAAUAGGACAUUUAAAUUACUCGUUUAAAAGAAUACGUAAAUUGUGAACUUGGUUUAUUCUUUUUUUGCUUUUUUUUACUACAAAUCAUAUUUUUUUGUUAUUGUGUGACUGUACGUAUAAUUUCAUAUAUUAUUAAUCAAUAUCGUUUUGAUAUUAUAAGGAGGUGGGUCCAAUUGGCAUGAAAUUGCUUUUUCUUGCUUCUUAUUUAUCCAUAAUAAAUUUUUUAAGAAGUUUAAAAGAAUACGUAAAUUGUGAACUUGAUUUAUUCUUUUUUUGCUUUUUUUACUACAAAUCAUAUUUUUUUGUUAUUGUGUGACUGUACGUAUAAUUUCAUAUAUUAUUAAUCAAUAUCGUUUUGAUAUUAUAAGAAGGUGGGUCCAAUUGGCAUGAAAUUGCUUUUUCUUGCUUCUUAUUUAUCCAUAAUAAAUUUUUUAAGAAGUUUAAAAGAAUACGUAAAUUGUGAACUUGAUUUAUUCUUUUUUUGCUUUUUUUACUACAAAUCAUAUUUUUUUGUUAUUGUGUGACUGUACGUAUAAUUUCAUAUAUUAUUAAUCAAUAUCGUUAUGAUGAUAUAAGGAGGUGGGUCCAAUUAGCAUGAAAUUGCUUUUUCUUGCUUCUUAUUUAUCCAUAAUAAUAAUUUAUAAUUGUAAAUAUGAUUUGGAUGAAUAAAGAUUAUGGAUGACUGAAUAUACUAA